CCUGAGCUGCCCGGGCCCCUCGGCUCUCCCCCGCCGGGCACCCAGCGCGCAGGCCGCGGCGCGCCGGCCCUCGGCGCAGGGCAGAGGAUUCCUGGCCACCCCGCGUCCCAGAGCAGGCGUCCCCCGGCCCCCCGGCCUCUCCCGGGGCGAGGCACAGACCCCCCUCCCGGCUGGGUGGGCAGGCAUGGUAGGGGCCUCCCCCGGAGUCCGGGCAGGGACCGGGCUGGCGGCGGUACAAUAGCGCCGGGGCUCGCUGCUGCCCCAUCAGCUGCUGGCGGGGGGCGCGGGGUCCUUUGCCUGGGGGCGUCUCGGGCCCAGUCCUGCAGCCCCCCCCCCCCCCCAGCUCCCAGCCGGGCUGCACCCCCCGGGCCAGGGCUGGAGAGCCCCGGGGCCCCGCGUCCAUUUCACCGCCGGCGCCGGGGUCCUGCACCCCGGGGCGGCGCGUGGUGUUUCCGCGGGGGGCCCGGGAAUGAGCCGGAGCUGAUACCGCCCCCCUGGAAGGGGCUGGGUUGGAUCCGGGGCGGGAUGAGCCUGCGGCGGGGCCAGGCGGAAAAGGGGCAGAGAAGUGACUGACUCGUCGCCGAUCCCGCUGCUGUGUGGCUGGUUUUAAAACACCGGGGCGGGGGGGGGACCACAACAGAGCGAGCAGCGCCCUCCCCGGCACGGCAUGGAGAGGCGGCCGGCGGCGCGGGAGGCCGAGGCGAUGCGGCACCGAGCCCAAGCUAAAGCAGCAACCCCUCCAGGGCAGAGCGUCCCCCCCAAGAGUGACCAGCCAGCUCCGGCUGCAGCCCCCUCCCCGUCUACAGGAGAAACACUGCCCCCCAGGAGUGACUGGCCUGCCCCUCCCGCAGCGACCCCUAUGGGAGAGUGCAUCCCACCCCAGAGCGACCAGCCCUCCCUCCCUGCCACACCCACCCCUGUUGCAGUGACCCCUCUGGGAGAAGCCCUGCCCCCCCAGGGAGACCAGCCAGCCCCUGCUGCUGCCCCCCCACCUCCAGGAGAAGCCCUGCCCCCGCAGCGAGGCCAGCCGGCCCCUGCCGCUGCCCCCCCACCUCCAGGAGAAGCCUUGCCGCCCUGGGGAGACCAGCCAGCCCCAGCCCCCGAACCUCUAGGAGAAGCCUUGCCCCUCCAGCGAGACCAGCCAGCCCCUGCCUCUGCCCCUCCAUCUCCAGGAGAAGCUCUUCCCCUCCAGCGAGACCAGCCAGCCCCUGCCGCUGCCCCCCCAUCUCCAGGAGAAGCUCUGCCCCCCCGGCGAGACCAGCCAGCCCCUGCCGCUGCCCCCCCAUCUCCAGGAGAAGCUCUGCCCCCCCGGCGAGACCAGCCAGCCCCUGCCGCUGCCCCCUCAUCUCCAGGAGAAGCUCUGCCCCUCCAGCGAGACCAGCCAGCCCCUGCUGCUGCCCCCCGACCUCCAGGAGAAGCUCUACCCCCACAGCCAGCCCCAGCCAGCCAGCCAGCCAGCCCCAGAGACCAGCCAGCCCCAGUAGUUGCUCCAGCCCCUGUGGAAGAGACCCCUUCAGGAGCAAAGAGCCCUCCAGGAAAUGCCCGGCUUUCCCCAGCUGCAGCUGCCCCCACGGGAGAAACGCUACCCCCCAGGAGCGGUGGGCCGUCCCCUGCCACCGCCGCUUCUCUGCCACCUGCCGCAGCGGCCACCAGCCCCAGACCCAAGCAAGGUGCCCAGAAAGCUGAAGCAAGGCAGAGGCAGGCGAAGGAGCGGAGGGAAGAGCGGGCCAAGUACCUGGCCAGCAAGCGAGCGCUGUGGCUGGAGAAGGAGGAGAAGGCCAAGGUGCUGCGGGAAAGGCAGCUGGAAGAGCGCAGGAAGCGGCUGGAGGAGCAGAGGCUGAAGGCAGAGAAGCGUCGGGCCAUCCUGGAGGAGCGCCAGAGGCAGAAGCUGGAGAAGAACAAGGAGCGCUACGAAGCCGCCAUCCAGAGGUCAGCCAAGAAGACCUGGGCCGAGAUCCGGCAGCAGAGGUGGUCAUGGGCUGGCGCGCUGCACCAGAGCUCCUCCCGGCACAAGGAUGGUGCGAGCCGGUGCUCAGUGUCCGCUGUUAACCUCCCCAAACACGUGGACUCUAUAAUCAACAAGCGGCUCUCCAAAUCCUCCGCCACUCUCUGGAACUCUCCCAGUAGAAACCGGAGCUUGCAGCUGAGCCCCUGGGAGAGCAGCAUCGUGGACCGGCUCAUGACGCCCACCCUCUCCUUCCUGGCCCGCAGCAGAAGCGCCGUGACGCUGGCCGGCACUGGCAAGGAGCAGGCGGUGCCGGUGUGCCCCCGCUCCGCCUCCACCAGCCCCCUCAGCCCCUGCAACAACCACCGCGUGCAGCGCCGCUGCUGGGAGUGCCGCAGGGCGGUGGCCAGCAGCCCGGACGUGACGCCGCGCCGGAGAGCCGAGUCCUCGCCCAAGAAGAAGGAGAAGAAGGACAAGGAGCGGGAGAACGCCAAGGAGCGGAGCGCCCUGUCUCGUGAGCGGGGCCUCAAGAAGCACCAGCCCCUGCCCAGCAGCCAGCCCAGAUUCCCCCGGUCCGCCGUGGACAGCAGCCCGGGGCCAAAGAACCGGCCCUCAUCGCCUGCCACCCCCAGCCACCGGCCGGCUUCCCCCAGCCCAGGCCUCGGCUCUCCCCACAAGCCACCACUGCCCCGCAGCGCCCACUCCUCCCGCAAGGGGCGGCCCAGGGCCAAGGAGGAGCGCAAGGAGGGCGAGAGCCAGCUGAAGGCGCCUGAGAGGAAGGAGGAGGAAGAGGAGAGGGGAGCGGCCUCCCCGGCCCCGCCUGACACCCCCAAGACUCCUGGGCCCGCUGAGCAGCCCCCAGGUACUGCUGCCCCCUCCAGCACCCCCAGCCCCACGCCAGCUCCUGCCACGCCUUCGGGCAAACCCAUGGCGGGCACCACAGACCGGGAAGAGGCAGCCCGGCUCCUGACAGAGAAACGCCGGCAAGCCCGCGAGCAGCGUGAGCGUGAGGAGCAGGAGCGCCGGGAGCAGGAGGAGCGGGAGAGGCGCCAGAGGGAGGAGCAGGCCCGGCGGGAGGCCGAGGAGCAGGCCCGGCGGGAGGCCGAGGCCCGCCGGCUGGAGGAGGCGCAGAGGCGGCAGCAGGAGGAGCGGCGCCGGCAGGAGGAGCGCCAGGCCGAGGAGCGGGCCCGAGCCGAGCAGGAGGAGAUGGAGCGGCUGCAGAAGCAGAGAGAGGAGGCGGAGGCGCGGGCCCGUGAGGAGGCCGAGAGGCAGCGGCUGGAACGGGAGAAGCAUUUCCAGAGGGAGGAGCAGGAGCGGCUGGAAAGGAAGAAGCGGCUGGAAGAGAUCAUGAAGAGGACGCGCAAGUCAGACGCGGCCGAUGCCAAGAAGAAGGAAGAGAAGAAAAUGGUGAAUGGGAAAGAAGCCAAACGGGAGGCUGACACCAGCCCAGGCUGUGGGAAGCGAACAGGGCCACUGGCGAAGGAAGAGGAGCUCCCUGAGUCAGAGACACCCAGCACAGAGAGCCAGGGUGUGCGGAUGGACCCUGUCCCUGAGGGGCCGCAGCAAAGCCCCCCCAGCAAGGACGCAGCGCCCCUGGUGAACGGUGUGCAGCCUGGCAAGCACGAGAACGGCUUUCCCGGCAAGGAGGUGGGCCAGGGCGUGCUGGAGCUCUCUCCGCACAGCGGCAGCGUCGACCCCAUCAUCCCCUUCGGGGACAAGGAGCCCUUCCUCAAGGCGGCCGUCGUCAAGCCCCCCCAGGUCACAGAAGUGCUGUAAGGGGCAGAUGCAUCUCCCUGGGCAGAGUGCCCCCUGGUGGCCUGCGCCGUGGCUGCCUCGGAGCGGGGGCAAGGAGAAGUGCCAAUUCCGGACUUUCUCACAGAACUAUAGCUGUUAUCAGACGAAAAACCACGUCACUCCCACCUACCACCCCAUGAAGAGGAUGAACCGGGCAGGGCAGGGGGCCGGGACGUGCCCCCCUCCCACCAGCCCCAGGGACUCUUGAUUUCUCUUUUUGUUCGUUUUUAACAUGCACCUUAUCAGACUGACACCCCCGCCGCUCCUAGCGGUUCCCACCGUGCCGCCCCCCCCGCUCCCCCCCCCGACGUGUGGUGUAAUAAUGUAGUUAUUUAACUUGCUGGGGACAGUGUAUGUGAAUAAUGUAAAUAAAGCUCCGUGUGACAUCAGGGAUGAGCGCCAGGCCCAGCUCUCUCUGUGCAGAAGGCAGGGCCUAUCCCGCAAGCUUGAAGGGCGCAGGAGGCUGGCACUGGCCGGCUGUGUUCAGGGGUCUAGGGUUUGAGCUCAUUUAACCUCCCGUAGCCGGGCCCAGCCAGCUGCUUGGUGCCACUCUGACCACUACCCCCGUACGACGUGCUAUUCUCCUGGGCCGCCACGGGCGCGGGUGUCGGUGCUGUGUGUGUGGGAGGGGGCCGCCGGGGCUGCGCCCGCCUCGCUCGGUGCCAUUGUGACAGUGUUAUGCAUCUGAACAAUAAAACGGAAGAGCCGCCCCGCCUCCGCGUCUCU